AGAAGUCUGCAGACAAACAAAUCCACUCUGACAUUCAUGCCCGCUCCAAAACACACGACUAGGUGAACCCGCGACCAAUCCAAUCGAUUAUCCCACAACCAUGUCCUUGACGCAAGAGUUGGCAUCAUGGAUGUCCCCGAAGAAGCUGGACUUGGGAAGCCCGCCGAAAGUGGGAGACUCCGCCCCGAGCACCGACUUGCUGGAGUUUCCCAGGGCCGACGAGAGGCCGGCCGUGGUCGUGUUCCUCAGGCAUUGCGGUUGUCCAUUCGCCGAGAAAUCCUUCCGCGUCCUUCGCGAAGCCGCCUCGGCGAACCCGGAUGUCGCCUUCGUCGCCGUCUCGCACUCGUCGGCGUCGCACACGAAGAAGUGGGUGUCCGAGGUCGGGGGCCCCGGCGGCGACGCGAACCCCGUCGGGGUCGUCACCGACGAGGGGCGCGACGUCUAUGCCCGAUGGGGCCUCGGCGCGUCAAGCUUCCUGCACGUCCUCAGCCCGAGCGCGCUGUCGAGCGUGUUCAAGCUGGCGCGGGAGGAGGGCAUCGCCAACAGGCCCACCGAGAGCGGUAGCCGAUGGCAGACUUCGGGGGCUUGGGCCGUGGACGGGAGAGGAGGCGUGACUUGGGGCGGUCCAGCUCAGACGGCGUCCGAGAUCCCCAACGUCGAGGAGGCAUUGUCGUCGCUACGCUAACGGACCUCUGUUCACGAUGUAUUACUUUGUUCAUGUGUUAGAUAUUUAU